AAAUUUUGACAUAUCUGUCAGAAUAUUAUACAAAUACAAACGUUCUGGUAUUGAUUUUUUUAUAAGGAAUUUGAUCGUUUGUGUUAUGUUCUCAUACUACACUACUGCAAAGUCAGAUUAAUAACAAUCCCAAAAUAAUGAAUGCAGCUAUCGACAUUGGCGUAGAAGACAUCACGGCAACCAUAGUCCGUUAUGGAUUAUAUUUAGGAGCCGUCUUCCAAAUAGUCUGUCUUGCUGCUUGUAUUUUCAUAACUGAUACCUCUGAGGACAACACGUCCUGGGGAUCCAGGGUGGACAGCGAUGAAGAAAGCUCUGAACAAAGUACACCACAAAAUACCCCCAGGAGGCCCUAUCACAGGCCAAGGAAGCAAGACAAAAAAAAACGACGUUAAAAUUUUCCAGUUUACCUCGGACUAGAAUCGGUGUAUUUGUGAUAUUUAUUUUGAUAUGUUUUUUAUUAUCUUAGUUAAGGUCUAAUUUCAGAAUAUUUUACUAUCAUACAAGGUUUUAAUAGUCAUGAUCAUAGACAUAAGCAUAAGAGUUGAAAUAUGUAUCUUUUAUGAAUGCUUUCAUACAUCUUGCCAUAAUCAUAGUGGGAUGGAUGCGAGUUUCAUUAUUUUUCACUCUUAUGCUGAAACAUUAUUUUAUCAAAUCUUUUGUAUAAAAACGUUUUGUGGAUUUAUGUUUUGUAGUUUGUUGCUAUCCCUUUUAUGUUUGAUUUUCACUCUUUGCUUAUUCGAUUUUUAUUUUUUUGUUUGUAAUGUUAGAAUUGACCAACAAUCAAGGGUCAGGUGGCAGAUCUAUGAAACACACAAACAGACAGCUACUUAUGACUAUGACAGUUGUAUAAACACACUCUGAGCUUGUUUGUGAUUAUGCUUAUGACAUUUAAAGGUUUGUAUAAACCUGACAUUGUAUACAUUAAUUUAACAUGUUUUUAGUAGAUUCCUAAAAAAAUAAAAUUGUUUCAAAAACAACCUGUAGGCCAUCAAUUUUAUCUUACUUACUAUUAGUAAUUUGUUGUAUGUGCCAUGAAAAAACAUAUCAUUCAAACACUGUCAUUCCAUAAAAGAGGUUUGAUUAAUUAAACUAUUGCUACUACUAAACUAUGGGAUAAAAAAACAAUGAUCAAGUUACCCAUUGCUUUGCAUUUAAAUAAUAAGUGGCUUCCUGUGAGAAUUUUUAUUGAAAGCUUACAAUUUUUUGGUCAAUAUAUUAAUGCGGCUAAAUAAACCAAAGUGCC